UUGCUGUUCCGCGGUUCUCCUGGCCUUCUGCCCCCUCCCGGGGGAAGAAGGAAGGCACUGGUGGGUUUCUCCAGUUAUGCAUCCCGAUCCGUGCGAACUUUGAAGCGGUCUUGGCCGUUCCGCGGGCCCGGCAGCUGGUAGCCGGCGGGAAGAGAACUGCUUGGCCGCGGCCAAUGUCUGCCGCGCUUCCUCUGCAGUAUGAAGACACCGGAGGCGCCACUGUUAGCUCCGGACUGCUUUCCUUCAGACCGGGCCCCAGCUCCAGCCCCUCUCUCUCCUCAGGCUUCCCCGAUGGAUAAAAAUACGGACCCUGAACUGAUGCCACCGACACCCGAUGGCGAUGAUCCGCCCCGGGUGUCCCCAGAUCCCAUGGCUGUCUCAGCUGUGUCCCAGGAGCUGGAGGAGGGGGACCCAGCUUCUCUCUCCAUUCCCCUGGAAACAGGGUUUGGUAUUCCUAGUGAGUUGAGCCCUCGAGUCGAAGAGCAAGAACUUUCUGAAAAUGUGAGCCUUCCUGCAGAAGAAACGAACAGGCCAGAGUUGGGGCCCGGAGAAGACGUGGAAGGUGUGUCUGAGGAACCCGCUCCAGAGGAUGAGGGAUACACCGUCUGGAGCUACAGCUUCUCCCAGGUACCUCGGUUUCUCAGCGGUUCCUGGUCAGAGUUCAGCACCCAACCUGAGAACUUCUUGAAAGGCUGUAAGUGGGCCCCUGAUGGUUCCUGCAUCUUGACCAAUAGUGCUGAUAACAUCCUGCGGAUUUACAACCUGCCCCCAGAGCUGUACAAUGAGGGGGAGCAGCUGGAAUAUGCAGAAAUGGCUCCCGUCCUUCGAAUGGUGGAAGGCGACACCAUCUAUGAUUACUGCUGGUAUUCUCUGAUGUCUUCAGCCCAACCAGACACCUCCUACGUGGCCAGCAGCAGCCGGGAGAACCCGAUUCACAUCUGGGAUGCCUUCACUGGAGAGCUCCGGGCUUCCUUUCGCUCCUACAACCACCUGGAUGAGCUGACGGCAGCCCACUCACUCUGCUUCUCCCCGGAUGGCUCCCAGCUCUUCUGUGGCUUCAACCGGACCGUGCGUAUCUUCUCCACGUCCCGGCCCGGCCGCGACUGUGAGGUCCGAGCCACGUUUGCAAAAAAGCAGGGCCAGAGCGGCAUCAUCUCCUGCAUAGCCUUCAGUCCAACCCAGCCCCUCUAUGCCUGUGGCUCCUACGGGCGCUCCCUGGGUCUGUACACCUGGGACGAUGGCUCCCCUCUUGCCUUGCUGGGAGGGCACCAAGGGGGCAUCACCCACCUCUGUUUCCACCCCGAUGGGAAUCGCUUCUUUUCAGGAGCCCGUAAGGAUGCUGAGCUUCUGUGCUGGGAUCUCCGGCAGCCUGGGCGUCCACUGUGGUCCCUGAGUCGUGAAGUGACCACCAAUCAGCGCAUCUACUUUGAUCUGGACCCGAGCGGGCAAUUCCUAGUGAGCGGCAGCACAAGCGGGGCCGUCUCCGUGUGGGACACCGGUGCGGCUGGGCACGAGGGGAGGCCGGAGCCAGUGCUGAGCUUCCUGCCCCAGAAGGACUGCACCAAUGGAGUGAGCCUGCACCCUAGCCUGCCUCUGCUGGCCACUGGCUCCGGUCAGCGUGUGUUUCCGGAGCCCACGGAGAGUGGGGACGAGGGGGAGGAGGAGGUGGACCUUCCCCUGCUCUCCAUGCGCCACGUCCACCUUGAAUGUCAGCUUCAGCUCUGGUGGUGUGGGGGCGGCCCGGAUACCAGUGUCCCUGAUGCUCACCAGGACGAGAAGGGACAGGGAGGGACAGAGGGAGGUGGGCGUGAGUUUAUAUAAAAAGGUUUUAUAUGGUAUUAGAGUCUUUGUGUCUCUAUGGGGAGGCAGAUGAUGGAGCUGGGGCCGGGAGGGGUACCAGCGGGCUCCCUGGUCCAGCAGCACUGGGGACUGGCAUA